AUGCUGCUCAAGCCCUGCAGCAGCAGCAGCAGCAGUAGCAGCAGCAGCAGCAAUCGCCAAUCCACAGUGCACAUCAGCAAGGGGGGCGGCAGCAAGGGCCAAAAGAAACGUCUGAGCAGCCGCAGCUGCUGCAGUCCAAGAAAGCAGCAGCAGCAGCAAUACGAAGAGCAACAACAGCAGCAGCAGCAGCAACCUCCUCUGCAGCAAGCAACAGCCGUACCAGCUACACCAAUACCCGCGAGGGCAGGAGCAGCAGCGCCAGCAGAAGCAGAAAGAGCAGCAGCAGCAGCAGCAGCAACAGACCUCCUCAGCAGCAACAUGCAUCGGCGUGUUGCCCUCGUGGUCUGCGCAGGCUUCAAUAUCCAGCUUUUUGCUUUUCAGGAUUUCCAGAGCAGCAGCAAGCAGCCGGUUGGCCAGUGCGAGCCCUGCGCGUCUUUGGCGUUGGGCGAGGCCCCCCGCUGCAGCAGCAGCAACGCAGUUUCUUCAUUUCCCUCUUUGAGAGCCAAGUGGAACGCAGUGUCUGCGCAAAAGCAGCAGCAGCAGCAGCAGCAGCAGCAACUGAUCAGCUGCAGCUACGCCGCGACGGGCCCCAGCGGCAGCAACAGAAGCGACGAGGGAGAGCAGACUGCACCGGCGGAAAACUUGUGGCUAUGCAGCAGCAGCAGCAGCAGCAGCAGCAGCACCAGCAGUAACAGCAGCAGCGGCAGCAGUAACGCACCGCCGGCAGCGUUUGUUGCUUCGCGAGGAGCGCUUCUAUUGAGCAGCAAGGCCACAACCUCUGUCUGGCCAAGCGCUGCAGCAGCAGCAACAGCAGCAGCAGCAGCAACAGCAGCAGCAGCAACAGCAGCACAAGGUGCAUCAGCAACAGCCUCUAAUGGAGGGUAG